AUGUCAGAGGAAAUCAUCCUUUACGAUCUUGCUUCCAAGCAAGGAAAAUGCUGGAGCUUGAAUACGUGGAAGACUCGACUGUACUUGAACUUCAAAGGCAUACCCUACAAGACCGAAUGGAUCGAGUAUCCGGACUUGAAACCGACGUUUGAGAAAUUAGGAAUCCCACCCAACGAAUCAGGCUUCCAAUACACCUCACCAACCGUCCGCCUCCCGGACGGUACAUGCAUAAUGGAAUCCCGCAAGAUCGCCGACGCCCUGGAAUCCAAGUACCCAAAUCCACCCCUGCACCUGGACUCGCCGUACCAAUCACGCAUCGAAGCCUUCAUGCCGCAGCUAUUUACUCCCAUCCGACCCGUCUUCGUGCCCCUGGUGCCCAAGGUCUUCCUCAAUCCGCGCAGUCAAGAGUACUAUAUCGCGUCACGCGAGAAGUCCAUGGGUAUGACGCUAGACCAGUACGCUCAGGGCAGGGAUAAAGGGUUCGAGGACGCGAAACCCUUCGUCAAGCAGCUUGGUGAGAUGCUGAAGGAGAAUCCCGGCGGUCCGUUCUUGAUGGGGGGGGAACCAUGUUAUGCGGAUCUCGUGGUGUUGGGGUGGGUGAAGAUGAUGGAUGGGUUGGGGUGGAAGGAGAAGUUCUUUGCAUGCGAGGGCGGAGAGGAAAUUAAGAGGCUCUAUGAGGCGGGAGGGAAGUGGUUGGAACGGGAUAGUUAUUGA